ACGCCCGAGUUGAUCUCACUACAAGAUGGCUGACUUUUGCAAAUGCAAUGGUGAAGGAAACCACUUGAUUGUGCGUUGAUAUCGAAAAGGUUGUUUGGUGCCAAAUGACACUCAAGUGAAACCAUGAAAUCAAAACUGAGGACACUUGUAAUUUUGUACUUUGUCCAAGGAAUUCCCUAUGGAAUACAGUCUGGUUUAUUACCAAUUUAUCUAAGAAGUGUUGGAGUCUCCCUUACGAGAAUCAGUUUGGCCAAAUUACUGUAUUUUCCAUGGAUACUCAAGAUGUUAUGGGCUCCUUUGGUGGAUUGGUAUGGAACAAAGCAGAAAUGGCUGCUGGGCAGCAUGUAUGGACUCGCUUUCAGCUUUUUAAUCAUUUCUGGGUUGUCUCCAGAGAUUCAUUUCCUAAUUUUGGUGUUCAUGUUGAUGAUGAUAAACUUCUUCGCUUCAGUUCAAGACAUUAUUGUUGACGGCCUGGCUGUUAAGAUACUCAGUGUUGAUGAAAUUGGCUAUGGCAACACAAUCCAAGUGGUGAGUUAUAAAAUGGGCUCUGCCCUUGCCGGAGGAGGGCUGCUGACAGUGAUAGACUUGCUUGGCUGGAGAAUCCUUUUUAUAAUGUUAACUGGUAUUUACGUUGGAGCUAUAAUUUAUGCUUUGUGUGCUCCUGAACUUCAAGCAUCCCUUGGAAUGAAACCAAAGUUAUCCACACUGAACCCCUGGGUAAUAUUAGAAGACCUGCUUCGAGUGCCUGGAACAGUUUGGACCAUGAUUUACGUCAUCAUUUACAAAUUAGGAGAACAAUGUGCUGUAAACAUGUUUCCGCUGUUUUUACUGGAUAAUGGCAUCUCGGCUGCACAACUGGGAUUCUGGAAUGGAAUGCUUGGAAUGGCUUUCUCUAUUUUUGGAUCGUGCCUUUGUGGUGCAUUAAUGGCUAAAUAUAAUCCAUUCUCACUCACUAAAGCCCUGUUCAUCCUGCGACUUGGAAGCUUGAUCUUCCAGACAUUUCUUCUCUUUUGGUUUCAACGUGACUCCCAGCUGAUGGAAGGUGCAGUUAUGCUAAGUAUUAUUUUACAGAGUUUUCUCGGUGGAUUGAUAACAACAUUGACAUUUAGUAUCAUGAUGUUAUGCUCUCAAAAGGCUGAGGAAAAAAUACAGGCUACUCAUUACUCCUUUCUGGCUACUCUGGAGGUGCUGGGGAAACUCACUUUUGGUAUCAUGGGUGGUGUGAUUGUGGAUGGGAUCGGUUUCCGCUACAGCUUCUGUGUAUUUCUGGCUCUUUCACUUUUAUCCAUUCUCCAUGUGUUGAAUCCACCUAAGUUGGCCCCAGACAAGUUGUCGAAAUAAAAUAUAGUUUGGUAGAAUCCAACCAUCGUCACUCUGAAUACUCUCCACACAGCACCUGACAGGGCAAACAGAGCGAUGAGGCCACUGUCACAAGGCAGCCAUGCAGGUCACAGGUAAAUGAAUAGUAAAAAUAACAUGGUCCAAAUUGCAAUAUUCCUAAAGUGUCUCUGUUUCGUAAUUAUCACUGACAAUAAAUAAGGAGCAUUACAGAAUUGCAGUUAAAAAUGUCUUUAACAACAAUAGCACUCUAACAAUACAAAACCAGAGACAGAUUUCUGUGAACCAGAUAUUUUGCUGCCAAAACUUACAAGUUACAAUUUUUUUUCGUUCCUUGUUGCUGUUUUUUUUACGUUUUACCAAUUUUUUAUAAUAAUUUUUGUUGCAUUAUCCAAUACAAAAUAGAAAUAUGCUCUCUCGGAAGCUCACUCAGAGUUUUUCCCGAUUCAUUUUUCCCAACAAUACAUGGAAAUUCCGGAUUUAUUUAUUGGAAUUUGGGAUUCAUGACAAGCCAUUCCAGUCAUCAAAUUUUAAUAAAAAGGUAACAACCUCAAAUAGACUAUUGCGGUUAGGAGACAGCAGUAUUUAUUACUUUGCAAACUAAUAUCACAAUUAUUUUUUGCAAUUGUUAAUUUAAUGUAAGCUACAUGUCAUUUUUGACUGUACCCAGGAAGUCACUUACAGCUCCUUCAGAUCAACUUUGUCAGGAUUUGGGACCCUGUAUCUGAUCUGAACACUUCUAAAGUAGUCUGAGCCCUUGUUGUCUUAAUUGAAAACUUGUGAAGAAUGAUUACAUUGUCACAGACACACUGUACAAUUGUAGUUUUUGUUUUAAUGAAAAAAAUAAUCUUUGGAAGUUUUAAGAUAAUAUAUGUAUGUGUUUGUUCAACGAUUGUUCCAGCGGAUGCUGUUAUAUUUGUAAAAUGUAACAUUUCUGUUGGGGAUUAUGAAUGGAUCCAAAGUUAGCACAAAAUCAAAUAAAAGCCAUUAUUUAAAUGCC